AUUAACACCAUCAUUAUUCUGGCUGGAGCAAUUGCGCUUAUCAUCGGUUUUGGUAUCUCAGGGAGACACUCCAUCACAGUCACUACUCUCACCUCAGCUGGGAACACUGGGGAGGAUGGAAUCCCGAGCUGCACUUUUGAACCCGACAUCAAACUUUCUGAUAUCAUGAUACAGUGGCUGAAGGAAGGUGUUACGGGCUUGGUCCGUGAGUUCAAAGAAGGCAAAGAUGACCUGUCGGACCAGGAUGAAAUGUUCAGAGGUCGGACAGCAGUGUUUGUUGAUCAAGUAAUAGUUGGCAAUGCCUCUCUGAGGCUGAAAAAUGUGCAACUCACAGAUGCUGGCACCUAUAAAUGUUACAUCAUCACUUCUAAAGGCAAGGGGAAUGCUAACCUCGAGUAUAAAACUGGAGCCUUCAGCAUCCCAGAAGUGAACGUGGACUGUAACGCCACCUCAGAGAGCUUACGACGUGAGGCUCCCCGAUGGUUUCCCCAGCCAACAGUGGUCUGGGCAUCCCAAGUUGACCAGGGAGCCAACUUCUCAGAAGUCUCCGACACCAGCUUUGAGCUGAACUCUGAGAAUGUGACCAUGAAGGUUGUAUCUGUACUCUACAAUGUCACGAUCAACAACACAUACUCCUGUGUGAUUGAAAACAACCUUGCCAAAGCCACAGGGGAUAUCAAAGUGACAGACUCUGAGAUUAAAAGGCAAAGUCACCUCCAGCUGCUGAACUCAAAGGCUUCCCUGUGUGUCUCUUCUGUUGCCAUCACCUGGGUACUCCGGCCUCUCUGCCCUUACCUGAUGCUAAAAUAAUGCACCUUGGCUACACAGAAACAUGCAGAGUCACUGGUACGACAGGAAUCUGCAGAACUAUUUCACCACAAGAUAUGACCUAGUUUUAUAGUUCUGGGGAGAAAUGAAUUUAUGUCUAGAACUCAGGAGUGAACAAAUAACAUCAAGAAGAAGAAGCCAAAAGCAACCCACAGAAGACUUCAAUAUGAACAAGAUAAAUUUAUCUUCAAAGACAUAUAUUAAAAGUUGGGAAACAAUUCAUCUGAACUAGAGAAGUGUAGUAGACUCUGAAGUAAAGUGAAUGUAGAGACAAGUAUAUGCCCAUAUCUCAGGGAUCUCCCCAUCUCCAUCCAGGGAGUGAGAGAAUGGGAUACUGCAACUCAUUUGUCUCAGAAUCUUUAGCUAUAUUGCUGUAAUGUUGCUCUGAGGAAGUUUCUAGAAAGUUUUGAUUGCAAUAUAUCCACAUUUUAUAAUCCACAAAUUAAACUGGUGGAUUCAGUAAGAAGCUGCUAAUCAGCUGCCACUUCACAAUUCAGAGGUAGCUGUAUUUUAGUGAUGGGUCAAAUGAUUCACUUUUCAUUUACAAUGCAAAAGUGCCCUGGCAUCUCCUCCCACCUGACACAUGCUUAAGAUAUGUGGAAAAUCAUCAUAAUUUUAACAUAAAAAAUGUAGCUGGGCAACACUGAUUUUCUAAACUAUGUGAACACCUGAUUUUUAAA